CAACAGCAACAGCUACAGCAGCAGAAAAUAGUGUAUAAUCAGUUCAGUUCUCCAACAUCGGAAAACAGUGAGGGAUCUCACAGUCCCGUAAAGGGAAGUAACCGAGAAAAUCAUGAAAAGACGUCAUCAAACCUCGCGUUGUCAGUUAAUUCUAAAUCAGAAACCAGCGGCAGCAGUAACUCCCCUCUCUCAUCAUCAAUAUCAUCUGCAACAACACACACGGAAAACGUAGAUCGAAGUAACAGAAAGCCCUCUCAAACGGUCAGCCAAAGGUCAGGGUUGACUCCACAGAGUUCAUCGAGUGUCAGAAAGGACGGCCAGGAGAGGAAACUACAUCGGGGUCAGCCGAUGACGUCAUCCGGAGGUAAAAGUCGGGGUCAGACGAUAUACGUGUCAGAGAGCAGCACCAUGACUCCUUUCAUCCCCGACACGAGGGCCUUUGACUACCUCAGCAGCUACGAGUUGAGGAAAACUCCGAAGAAACGACCGACGAAACGAGUGAGCGUGCAACAACACACAACAGCAAAAACAAUAGCUACACCAACAACUGCCUCUCCCCGUCUCUCCAUCGCCACCGGUUCGUCGGAUCCGAAUCCUUACUCUCGGAUCCGACUGUCGUCGAACGCAGAACUAUCGAGGCGCAGACAAACACCAGGAAAUGACGUAUUGGGGCGGGCGGACCCAAAGGAAGGAAAAGUGGCGUCAUCACCACAAUCGGGGAAUUCUCCAUCGACGUCGGGGUCUUCUUCAGGCGGGACGAAGCGUCAACGACUUCAGAAUCUGAUGAUGAAGAGAUAUCGUCGCUUGCAGAGACGAAGAGAAAGACGACAAAGGCGACGGCGACGACGAAAACAGCGUAAAAACGAGGCGGUUGAAUUCACCCCGACCCCGCCGUCCCCCCAAGAGGUCACGGCCCGGCCAGAUCACGCUGGGGUCACACCGACCAGGGGAUAUCCCAGAAAUAGAAAGGCGCAAUCCGGCACAGCUGCUCCGGUCGAUAACCAAAAUACACGUUAUCUCCAUCAUAAUCGCCGGCUGAGGGGGGGCAGUGAUUGGUCCGUUACUAGCCAAUCAGCAACGCCGUCUUCAACCAGACGACCCACGGAGCAACAACAUGGCGGCGAGCAGCAGCCUGACGAGACUGAGACGAGAUCUCGCGAUAAGCCGCCAUCUUUGAGCGUUGGACGGGGAACUCACCACCCCAGACGUACAGGCCCCGUCCUUUCCUCCCCGUCUGGCGAAAAGACGCCAUCUAGAUCUGCGCUGGUUGAUUACUAUUCUCGUAUGUCGAGUCAGCGAGAGGGUGACACGGCCGUCGACGAGAAGAUAUCCUCCACAGGAUUAGGUGCAGCCGUACCCAAGCCAGGUGACCUCUCUCUGUCGGCUGACGUAAAUUAUUCCGUGCAAAAAUCAAUAACUCCAAUAACUAAAACAGUUGACGUAACUGAGGCGCCAGGGCAGAGAGCUGUUGGCGUCAGUUUGGAGCAGAAGAAAUCCCCGUCUCCCCGAAAUGACGAAAACCGCAGGGAAAACUCAAAGAGGAAGACCGUAGACCAAACACAGAAGGGAGAACCAGCGAUAAAUUCAAGACUCCAAACAAAGCCAGUUCUUGAGAUCACCGAGCAGAAACAGGAGGGUCCGAUGACGCCAUCUCAGAGCCAAGAAGAUACACACAAGCAAGAAAAGACACCAACAUUUGUCUCGGAGUCAUCACCAUCUCUCUCAUCCAACUCGCGUGUCAGCAUUUCAGACAGUCGCACUAGCAACCAACGCCACGGGAAACAGUUCGCAAGAAGUACACCCUCCCAGCCGCCCAGUACAACAACAGUUGCGACGACCACCACUCGCCCAACCGUAUCCUCAGCUGCCAGAAGAUGGAGAGAGCGACUCAGGAAACAAAGACAGCAGAAAAGUGAAAAACAAAACGGCGCCGUUAGGUCGAGUUCAGGCCUUUCUGGUACGGCCAUCAGAUCACAAAGACGAGGCAGUAUGGCCUUAGCUUCUACAAAGCCGCCAGCCUCCCAAACUACAGACAGUGCCACUGGCGACAAGGAGGAAGUAAAAGAGGAACCCAAAAGUCCGUUUAUCGGUUACAAAACUGCCUACGACUUUCUGUCCAGCCAGAAAGCCUUGCACGGCGGGGUCUCUGUGAGCGAACAGCGUAGAGAAUCUUACGAACUAAACAGAUAUAUGGGAGAGGGAAUGUGUGAGAUAUUCAACAAACAUUAUGUUCCUACGAGAAUUGGCGGGAAAUGUGUGUAGUGUUAUUUGUAAUGAAAAAAAUAAAUGUUAUACAAAAAAACCCUAGAAAUGAAAAAUAAAUUGUUUCAUAUUGA